AGUUCAUCAUCGAGAACACGGACCUGGCGGUGGCAAAUUCCAUUCGAAGAGUGUUCAUUGCAGAAGUCCCCAUCAUAGCCAUUGACUGGGUCCAGAUAGACGCCAACUCCUCUGUGCUCCACGAUGAAUUCAUUGCACACAGACUGGGUCUCAUCCCGCUCACCAGCGAUGACAUUGUGGAUAAGAUGCAAUAUUCCAGAGACUGCACGUGUGACGAGUUCUGCCCCGAGUGCUCCGUGGAGUUCACACUGGACGUUCGCUGCAACGAAGACCAGACUCGGCACGUGACAUCCCGCGACCUCAUCUCCAACAACCCCCGCGUCAUCCCGGUGACAUCUCGGAGCAGAGACAACGACCCCAAUGACUAUGUGGAGCAGGAUGACAUCCUGAUUGUGAAGCUGCGGAAGGGGCAGGAGCUGCGGCUGCGAGCCUAUGCCAAGAAGGGCUUUGGCAAGGAACACGCCAAGUGGAACCCCACGGCUGGCGUGGCCUUCGAGUACGACCCCGACAACGCGCUGAGGCACACGGUGUACCCCAAACCAGAGGAGUGGCCCAAGAGUGAGUACUCGGAGAUCGAUGAUGAGGAUGCUCAGGCUCCCUACGACCCCAACGGGAAGCCAGAGAGGUUUUAUUACAACGUGGAGUCCUGUGGUUCUCUGCGCCCUGAGACCAUUGUCCUGUCUGCACUGUCCGGCCUCAAGAAGAAACUGAGUGAUCUCCAGACACAGCUGAGCCACGAGAUCCAGAGUGAUGUCCUCACUAUCAACUGAGGCUCCUUCCCAGG